GGAGAGUCCUACAAGCAUCCCACAAUCAUAGUCCUAUCUGCUAUCCAGAUCCAAUAAAGCAUCUUUUAUCCCUCCUAAAACCACCGCGUUCAGUUUAUUCACAAUGUCUGUCGAAGGCGCCUCUGCAUCGCCCAUUCCCAUUGAGGAUCUCACCAAGAUCACCACCGAGGCCUGCCAGGAUGCCCUCAAAACCAGCCAGAGCUAUGAGCACGACAAUGUCGGAACCUGGAACUCCGAGAUUAUCAACACCGUCCUUAAGGCCCUGAUCACCGCUACCGCACCCUCCGAUGCCUCCAAGCCCCCUCCCUACCGCUUCACUGUGAACAGCACAAUCGUGCAGCAGGGCGUGAUUGACCCGUCCGUUGCUGCGGAUGGCGCACUUAGCAAUGCCGGUAAGCGUGGUAUGCACUCCGCCUCAGGAGCGUUCUGGGAUGUCAACCGCGACGGAAUGUGGACUUUCAAGUACACUGGUGCUGAGGAUAAGGGGAUGGAUAUUGUUGUGUGUGUGACGUGGUUUGCCGUCGUCGUAUAAGGACGGGGCUGGUUGUUUGUUGGCUUGUUCUCUCAUGAACAUAUCCAUGGAUGGCAUAAUAGUCCAUAAGCGGAAGCGGUGGCUUUGUCUGUGAGCGGUUCCUUGGACUUAUUAUCGGAUUUGCGUCAAGGGCUUCAUUUUUUUUCAUGUACUUGAACAUUUGUUUUGAGUCCUAUGGGUAUGUCUAGAUCUGUUCUUCUUCUUUUUCGUGUGAUUUGAUUUGAGUUCGGUCUGAGCGUGAUGUUAUGUUUACUUUAAUUUAUGGAGACUUGCCUGCAUUGUUCGAGGAA